AAUGAGCUACAGAAACGCUUUUUUAAAUGAACUGUCUCAAAUUGCACGAAGGCGGUGUUUUUGUUUGAAAGUUAUCACCGGAAGUCCUGUCUUUUCAUUGUGGUUCUUGACAUUACGCGCACUCCAAUGCCAACUUUGUCGGAGCGCACAGGCGCACUGUUCACUGCCAAACACGGCUGUGUUGAACGAGAAGACUUCUCACCGCAGUCACCUCUGAGCAAACAUUAGUUUUGAACUAAAAACACAGAUAUUAGAAUAUUUCACAGGUUUUACGCACAGCGCCGCGCCGGACUCUGCUGACCUGUGUCUACUUUGACAGUGAAAAUCCUGACGAGUUGGGUUGUAUUUUAGUUUUUUUCUUUUCUUUGCUUUUUUGUGGCGGACUUGUCAACAUAAUGUGGGGGAUCCAUAAGACGCGUUACGCAGACUGUAACGGAUCUGAAGCCAGUGAAGAGACAGAGAUUGUUGUUAACAUCGGCGGGGUGAAACAGGUGUUAUUUGGGGACGUGUUGAAUCGCUUUCCGGACACCCGGCUGGCAGAACUGGUGGACUGUUCACUUAAGUCUUCUGAAGAAAUAUCUUUACUAUGUGACGACUACGACCCUGACACAGGAGAGUUUUAUUUUGACAGAGACCCUGAGGCAUUUAAAUGUAUAAUCGAGCUGUAUUAUUAUGGAGAGAUUCACAUGAAACGAGGAAUCUGUCCGAUUUGUUUCAUGAAGGAGAUGGAGUUCUGGAAAAUCGGCUCUGAAUUCCUGGAUGACUGUUGUAAAUGCCACCUGAAGGAGGUCGAGGAUGAACUUGCAGAGAUUGCAGAGAAAGUAAAAACUAUCCUGGUGGACCGAGAAGGAGAUCCGACUGCAGCAGGCUGGCAGCGCUUCCAGAUGUGCCUCUGGAGGCUGAUGGAGAAACCAGAGUCAUCGCUGCCUGCGCACAUCAUCGCUAUAGCAUCCUUCAUCUUCAUCCUCGUAUCAUCCGUGGUGAUGUGUGUCGGGACCAUCCCCGACCUGCAGGUGGAGGAUUCAGAAGGUAAUCUCUCAGAGCACCCAACUCUGGAGGUCAUCGAGACGGUGUGCAUCGGCUGGUUCACUAUUGAAUACUUCCUGCGUUUGAUUUCCUCCCCGAAUAAAAUCAAAUUCGUCCUGGCUUUUAUGAACAUCAUCGACUUCAUGGCGAUCAUACCAUUCUUUGUGGUGCUGAUUCUGACUUCCUUUGGCGCAGGAGUGAUGGAGCUGGCUAACGUGCAACAAGCUGUGCAGGCUUUACGCAUAAUGCGCAUUGCGCGCAUUUUCAAGCUGGCACGACAUUCCUCUGGACUCCAGACCCUCACAUCUGCCCUGAAGAGCAGCUUCAAAGAGCUGGGGCUGCUCCUCAUGUAUAUGGGCGUGGGAGUGUUUCUUUUCUCCGCAUUGGGCUACACCAUGGAGCAGAACCAUCCGGACACUUUGUUUACCAGCAUCCCACAGUCGUUCUGGUGGGCUGUGAUCACCAUGACCACGGUGGGCUAUGGAGACGUCUACCCUAAGACCACUUUAGGUCGUUGUAACGCGGCCAUCAGCUUUCUGUGCGGAGUGAUCGCCAUAGCGCUGCCCAUACACCCCAUCAUCAACAAUUUUGUUUUGUUCUACAACAAGCAACAGGUGCUGGAGACUGCGGCCAAGCACGAGAUUGAACUGAUGGCCCUGCGCUCCGGUGACGGCGAGCAGGAGGCUGCACCUGGCGCCCAUAAACAUAUUUGCGGCGCAGGAGUCUGGGACAUGCGCUCCUGUCACAGCGACACAUACAUCCCCUUACUGAAGGAUCCCAGAGGAGGGGCAGGGAUUCAGACACCCAGCAUGGACACAAGCUUUGAAAGCACAGCCGAGGCUACUGAAUAUUUCAUCUCUUGAACACUGAAGUGAAGCAAUAAAGAUUAAUGAUACCAAGACGGAGACAUGCUUGUAAAUAGCCCCUGUAGAAGAUAAUAGGACUGCUCUCCAAGGACCUUUAAUGUGUUUGAGGACUUGUGCCACCAAUUAAAGGGACAUGUGUUUGAGAUAUUGACUUGAUGAGCCGUUGCCUUUGCGCAGUAACUCCCUGUAGGCUGAGGGGUUUCUGUUUGAACAGCCAGUACACUGAUUCCCCCAUGUAGGCUUCUUAUAUAACACCCCACCAUCCCCAAUCCUCACACUCAUACUGUAGACUGCACUGUAGCCUCUUCAUAUGUACAGAAAUAUAUCACAAUGGAUGUUUUUUUUUGUUGGUUUUUUUUGUAAUAUCUCCUCAAGGAGAAAAGAGAAAUGUAGUCAAUCCAUGAUAUGUGUAUGAACAAUGUACAGGCAUCACAGCAAAACUGAAGGGAUUGAGUGAUAGAGACUUAUAGUGCCAUACAUCUCUCACUGAGAUAUUAAAUGUACUCUAGAGAAAGGUAAACGGGUAUGGUAGGGAAUAUAAAAGCAACACAUCUUCUGGUUCUGCCUCUGAUCUUCUUGGCAUCAGUGUAAUUUUGUGUAUGAUUGUGAGGUAAUAUAUCAGAUAUAAAACCUCCUCACUGGGCUGAAGUAGUGGCUGUGAUCAGACAGGGUCAUGUAACCGACACCAAGACCUCAGAGGCUUCCUUGGCUGCAGGACAUGUUCCUAUAAUGGGUUUAAAUAUUGCAGCAGCCGUCAUCACUCUGCUCCUCCCCGGAGGAUCAUUGGCAUAACUUGACCACCAAGUUAUGGGUGAGGAGGAAGGAGCAACAGGAUAGAGGUUGGACAAAAAUAAACCCACUGCUCUUCAACUUCAAGGAUAUGAAUAAAAAAAUAUGAAUAAUAUGGACUUUUUUUAUUCUUCAAAACCAAAAAUGGGAUUCAUUAUCAGGUUAGAAACAUAAACAGAAGGUGUGAGAGCAUUAUUAUGGCAGUGUCUGCCUGUGAGACAUAUUCCUUAAUGCAUUACUGCUCUAUUUUUAAAUGAAAAGUGAAUGGACAAGGCAUGUUUUCCACUCAAAAUUGGCUUAAUGGUCGCUGCAGUUAAAAGCUGCAUUUUCACAGUUUGAAAGGUCUCAGCCAUCAGUCUGAGCGGCAUGAAACUUUCGGCAUGAAUAGAACAAUCCUUAGAAAUUAGUUUGCACAGUAGGAGAGCUGUAAUUAAAAUUUGACAUAUUUAAUUCAAGUGUUUCAGACGUCGGUGGUUUGAUUGUGUUCUUGUGCAAUUCUGUCAAAUGUUUUGAAGUGAAUUUUUUUGUCAAGCUUUUGUGCAGGUAAAGAAGAAGGAGACUUUGAUU